CAUCCAGAGGAGAGUAAGCUGCUUUCUGACACCAGGAGUAGGCAGCCCAUUACCUUUGUCCCUCCCGCCCACGACCAUGGCCGCAGAUCUUCUGCCCCUGCUCUUCCAGCAAACCUGGAAUCUUCAAGAACCUGCCCCUUCCAGCACGCCGUUCGUGGAGAUAAUUGAGCAGCCGAAGCAACGGGGCAUGCGCUUCCGCUACCAGUGUGAGGGGCGUCUGGCGGGCUCCAUUCCGGGGGAGCGAAGCACAGACACCACCAAGACCCACCCCACCAUCAAGGUCCACAACUACAUGGGUCCCGGCAAGAUCCGCAUUUCGCUGGUGACCAAGGAGUCCCCGCAUCGGCCUCACCCGCAUGACCUGGUGGGCAAAGACUGCAAGGAGGGCUUCUACGAGGCCGAGCUGUCUCCGGAGCGCUCCAUCCACAGCUUCCAGAACCUGGGCAUCCAGUGCGUGCGGAAACGGGACCUGGACAAAGCCGUGGCCAAGCGGAUUGAGACCUGCAACAACCCCUUCAAGGUGCCUGUGGAGGAGCUGAAAGGCGACUACGACCUCAAUGCCGUCCGCCUGUGUUUCCAGGUGUGGAUUCGCAGUGCGGGCAGCGGGUGCUUGGCCGCGCUGCCCCUGGUGAUCUCACAGCCGAUCUACGACAAUCGUGCUCCCAACACUGCCGAGCUGAAGAUCUGCCGUGUCAACCGCAAUUCGGGGAGCUGCCUCGGAGGCGAUGAGAUUUUCCUUCUCUGCGACAAAGUACAGAAAGAGGACAUCGAAGUCCGCUUCUUCAAGGACGCGUGGGAGGCAAAGGGCUCUUUCUCGCAGGCCGACGUGCACCGCCAGGUGGCCAUCGUCUUCAAGACCCCGCCGUACAUGGACCAAGCCCUCCGGGAGCCGGUGACGGUGCAGAUGCAGCUGCGUCGCCCGUCGGACAAGGAGGUCAGCGGCCCCAUGGAGUUCCGCUAUCUCCCCGAUGAAGGCGACUUUCACCGUAUCGAGGAGAAACGCAAACGGACACUGGGCACCUUCAAGAAUUUUGUACAGAAAACGCCCUUUGCAGUCGGAGCUCCGGAAUCACGUGCCCAGCGCCGCAUCGCUGUUCCCAAACCAGGGCAGGGGCGGCCCAGUACCACCGGCAUUUCCGGACUCAUGGGCACGCCAGGACAGCCCCCAGCCGCCAAGCCCCAGCCCCCGCCGCAGCCGACUCCUGGCUUCUUCAGCGGAGCGAGCCACGCCGCACUGCCUCCCGCGGCCACCAUGCAGCCGGGCUUCAGCACGGUGAACAUGGAAGAGCUGUCGGGGCUCGGGGUGGCCCAGCCGGUGCAGCCCGACACGGACGCCGCCAUCGCCGACGCCUUCCUGCACCUCCACUUCGAGGGGGCAGACGCCGGCGCCAUGGAGCUCGGAGGCAUCCUGGACGACGCGCCCUACACCAGCCUGGAGGCCAUCAACACGGCCGACUUCCGGCAGCUCCUCUCGGAAGGGCCCAGCGCGGCAGCGGCGGCCUCCGCCUCCGCCUCCACCCUGGCCUCAGACAACCAGGCCACUCUGCUGACCUACCCGGAGUCCAUCACCCGCCUGGUCAGCCAGCGGAGGGCUGAAGGGGAGCCGCCCCGAGGCGAGGAAGGCGGGGGCGGCAGCUCCGCCAACCCCUUCAUGAACGGCCUGCUGCCCCCCGUGCCUGGCGAGGACAGUUUCACCUCCAUGGUCGAUCUGGACUUCAGCUCGCUCCUCAACCAGCUGAACUCUUAAGGAGCGUUGGAAGGAGGCCGCCGGCCGCCCUGCUUGCGCUCACGCCCCUCCGUGCCUCUCCUCACCUGGACUUGCACGCCGUCUCCGUUCGCCGGGGUUUCUCCGCCACUGGUUCCUUUCGAGACAGGUGGGCCAGCCUCCAAGGAGGACUUCGACAGGCGAGGGACCGAUCUCCUGGAACGGCAGCAGUGAGCUUCCCCGGCGUCUCUCCCCGGGGGCGUGAGGUCUCUUCGUAGGAGAGGUGGGGGCCGGCAACUGGGUUUACACCAGAAGGGGGCAGUGGGCAGGCACCCCACCCCGGGGACAGCCUCUGCCAUUUCUAGUUGGUUGAAAAGGUUCUCUCUCAACUACGGAGUGCUCAGAAGAUAAAACGUGCCUUCGCGAGCUACUUGGGACCCUUUCGUUGUUCCAUGACCCCUCCGGGGUGCAUCAAGGGUUGGUUCCUCACCCCGCUGGCAGAGCAUUUCCAUCCUUGCUCGAGAGCUACUUUUGCCCUGCUGAAAUUAUAGUGAUUGUUCUCCUUCCCCUGGAAGAGGCAAAGUCUCUGACCGUGUGCAGAGAAUGCUUCCCCACCCCCAAGAAACAGCUCUAGAUAUCUCCGGCCUGCAAGUGGGCCUUAUUUAGGUUUCGGAUUUAAUAGGUGGGUAGAUACCCUGCUGAGGUCUCCAAAAAGUUUGGUGUCCAGAGUGAAUUUUGCAGUCGGAGGCCUUAUUUUUCAGCUAUCUAUGUAUAUUAAAACUGACACCUGAAAAAGGCCCCAUAGUCAGGGAUGAAAUGGGCACUCAAGUGCUGGAAGAAACCCACUUAGAUCUUCUCAAGGCGUUCAGACUUUCGCCUCUAUUGAACUGGAUCCUUUUAUGUCCUCCAGUUUCAUUUUACCCUGAUUUCGUUCCACAGCACACGCACGCCGAUGAUCUCAAAAGGCUGUGUUAGGAGAACCCCACCCUUCUUCUGUCUUCCUGAACGCACCAGCCUGCCCCAGUUUCCACCAAACAGUAUCUAACAUUUGCCAGUAUUUCUUGGUUUUUGUUCUGCACAUGCGCCCUGACUCUCUGCCGCUGUCGCGGUUUGCAGCUGCAAAACUAACGAAGCGUCCUUAGAAUGGCAUCACCCAAAUCUGCCGCAGGUCUAUCGUUUCGGUCAAAAAAGCAAGUUGGGGAAGUUGUGUUUCACUACCAAUCAACUCCCCUUUUUUGUAGCUGGAGUGGCCUUAAAGCAUUGCUCCAACUUCUUUCUGGGACAAAACAUGCCGGAUCACGCCUGUACGGCUCCUCUACGACGGGGUUGUCCUGUUCCAGAGGCCGAAUAAGGUCAUCAGGUUUGUGGAAAAGAGGUAGGUGGGCUGAGUCGGUGGAGAACCGCUCGUCUCCAGGGAGGGCACAGAGGACUUUUCUUCCUGUGGUUCUUCAAAGGAGAGAAACCUAGUGGCCAGGGGAGCCAGGUAGUGAACUGGCAGGUAAAAGUGGGCCAGCUGGUCCAAUUUUUGCUGUUUGACACCGAAACUUCCAGGUGAGGGCUCUGCUUCUCUUAGGACAAGGGAGAAGAUGACAUGCGUUUACAGUCUAAGCCGCUUUCUCCUUCAAGGCCAACGUCGUAGAAAUUAAGAUAAGCUUCCCCUUUGGGGUCGCUAAAUGGGUUGGGGGCUUUCCUUUCACCCACCCUUCCCCAAGUGAGUCCCCUGCACAGAUACUUGGCCCUUCAACCCCCCCUUAGCCCCAGCCAGGGGUUCCAAUGUUCAGGAAUUCUGGGAGUUGUUGCCUGCCAACGUCUGAAGCGUAGCUGAUCUGUGCAGGGCACCCCCUUGAGCAAGACUGCUGUGGGCCCAAUCCAGCGCUGGAGCUGGGUUGGAUGUGAGUCCUUAGCGCAAGGGGAUCCCAGUGUCAGCAUACGCCAAGCCUGAUUUGAUCUGUUUGGAGGAGGAAGAGGGAAUAAAGUGAUGGGGGGACAGUGGUUUUUCCUUCCUAGGUGGCAAAAAUCGGGUGGAAUCCAAACCCUAAACUUCCAGGUCUCCCCUAAAAAACUUCUGAAAAAGGGCUGAGGGCCCCAUUGCUCCAGCUUUCCGGUGGUGGGCUCUGGUGGAAACGGUAUCUUCCAGUCCGUCAGUCUGGCAGGGUGCUGAGACGGGGAGGGGAAUCUUGUCUGUCUGUCCUUUCAGCACUUCUGUGCCUUUUUAUAUUUGCUGCGGGGUUUUUUUUAAGGGUUUCCGUGAAUAAGUAAGAUACUUAACCACUUAAGUGCUGCCUCUCCCCUGCUUUUUUUUCCUGUAGCAGGUUCUUAAUAAACUGCAACUUUUGCUUUA